GGCCCAAAUAUAGAUAUAAUAUCAGCUAGUCAUAUUAUAUGACAUGUCAAAGUAUUUCCAUGGAGCAAAUCGCCGGCGGAGAACAUAUAGUUCCAGACCACCACUUUCACUCAUCCGAGGCUUCUCCCAGAUCGGCAAUGGCGGCGAACAAUGCAAUAACGAGACGGUGAAAAUGAUAACUCAUCGUAUUGGGACUUGCUUCCUUAAGAAGGCCUCGAAUUCCUUUCAUCCGUUUUUCUUCGCUCUUGCUUCCGUAUCAUCUUUGUCGCCAUCGUCACCUUCUUCGUCUCCGAUCGCCGGAACCAGAGCCCAGAUCGAACGAGUCACCAGAAUCAUCAAUGAUCAUCCGUUUCCAGACGAUCUGAUUCAACCCAUUCUUGCCAAGCACAUCCCUUUGGCUUCUCUCUCACCGGGCUUCGUCUCCGACGUGCUCGGUCGUCUCUUCGCUGCACACUCCAAUGGCCUCAAAGCUCUCGAGUUUUUCAAAUACUCUCUUCAAAGCCCUAGGUUUGCUCCCAGCUCCGAUUCCUUCGAGAAAACUCUUCACAUUCUCGCACGGAUGCGGUACUUCGACCACGCUUGGGCUUUAAUGGCGGAAAUGCGAGAGCAUCACCCUCAUUUGCUGACACUGAAGUCAAUGAGCAUCCUUCUCUGCAGAAUUGCCAAGUUUGGAUCAUAUGAUGAAAUCCUAGAGGCGUUCAAGAGGAUGCAGAACGAGAUAUUCAGAAAGAAAUUUGGUAGGGACGAGUACAACGUUCUUCUACGCGCGUUCUGCACGGAGCGAGAGAUGAAAGAAGCGAGAUCGGUUUUCCAAAAGAUGCAUUACAGAUUCCACCCAGACAUCAAGACGAUGAACAUUUUGCUCUCAGGCUUCAAGGAAGCUGGCGAUAUUACCGCCAUGGAGCUGUUCUACCAUGAAAUGGUGAAAAGAGGAUUCGAACCCAACUCGCUCACUUACGGCAUCAGAAUCGAUGGAUACUGCAAAAAACGAAAUUUUGGCGAAGCCUUGAGGAUCUUUGAAGAAAUGGGUCGCCGAAAUUGCGUCCCGGCAUUGCAGAUAUUCACAACCUUGAUCCAUGGAGCUGGCGUUGCACGGAACAAGAACAAAGCCCGCCAACUGUUCGAUGAAAUUCCUCAGAUAGGAUUAACACCUGAUACGGGAGCUUACAAUGCUUUAAUAAGCUCCCUCAUCAAAUGCAGAGAUAUCAACGGUGCAAUCGAGGUAACGAACGAGAUGGAAGAGAAAGGAAUCGCGCUUGAUGAUGUGACAUUCCGUACAAUGAUCCUGGGGAUGAUGAAAUCAAAAGAGUAUGGAAUCACUGGCAUCAGCGAGUUUUACCAGAGAAUGAAGGAACAAGAUUCGGUGCCCAAGACAAGAACAGUGGUGAUACUGAUGAAGCUGUUCUGUCAAAACGGUGAAGUCAAUCAAGGCUUGGAUCUAUGGAGAUAUAUGUCGGAUAAAGGCUACUGUCCACACAGCCAUGCGCUGGAACUCCUUGUGACCGCAUUGUGUUCCCGAGGAAGAGUGGACGAAGCAUUCGAGUGUUCAUGGAAGACAGUGGAAAGAGGGAGAUGCCUGAGCGAGCCGGUUUAUCGGAUGUUAGAGACUUACUUGUCGAGAAGCAGCCAUUCGAAAAAGCUGGAGGAUCUGAGGAGGAAGAUGCUGAGAUUGCAGCAACUUUUGCCGCCACCUGCAGGGAUUGAUUAAUUCAGAGGUGACGGAAGCUAUUGCUCUUCUGUUGCUGAUUUUUGCGUGCUGAAACAAAUGAAUGGCCAACAUGGUUCAUGAGAAAGAUGCCAUGUAAUAGCACCUGUGUUUACAGUGACGGAUUCCAAAGAAAACUUCAAGCUCAGGCCUCAUCAUCAACAUGAAUUCUCCAGAUAUGCAGCAGAAAGGGCAAGCCAUCCGUGGUUGGAUUCGGACAGGAUUUCGCCAAGUUUAACACCGUACCCAUAAUCCUUUUGUGCGCAUCUGCAACAUCUCAUGACAGGAGCAUGCGUGUAAACGUUUUGGAGCGACUGCUUUCUUGUUACAGUUUUUCUCCCAUUCAUUGUAAAACCUCUCUGUAACUUAUUUGUUCUUUCAUGUGUUAGUAUUUAAAGACACUAUCUUUUGUAACAUGACAGAAGGCAAAACAAGCUCAAUAAAACUUGUGUUCUAAAGAA